AUGGCGCGGAAGCUGGUGCCGGUGCCGGCCAACGGUGUUGCUAAAGGCAGGGGCGCCAAGGGCAGUGGGGCGGAGGGCUCAGGGGCUUCAGGUUCCAAACGUCGGCCGGCUGGCACAACCAAGCCCGCAACGCCGCAGCCAAAGCUGGGUCCCCUGGCCAAGCUGAAGCCAACGCCGAACUGCGUGCCCCUGGCGGACGGCAGCCUGGCUGUGGUGCGGCGGCCCAUUGCAGCUGACCACAGCUGCCUGUUCAACAGCGUGGGCUACGCCAUGCACCACAGCAAGAGCCGUGCGCCCUUUCUGAGGCGAGUCGUGUCGAACGAGGUUAGCGGCGACCCUGAAACCUGGAGCGAUGCUUUUCUGGGCAUGUCCAACGCCGCCUACUGCACCUGGAUCAACGAGCCAACCAACUGGGGUGGGGGCAUCGAGCUGGCCAUUCUGGCUGCCCACUACCGCCGUGAGAUUGCGGCCUGGAACAUUGAGUCUGGCGAGGCCCACGUGUUCGGAGAAGAGGCCGGGUUCCCCAAGCAGGUAAUGGUCAUCUACAAUGGGGUGCACUACGACGCCCUGGCCCUCACGGCAAAGCCCAACGCGUCUAGCUGGGAGGACGACAUAACCGAAUUCAACCCCCGCACCAAGAGGGGCAACAUGAUCCUUGAGGCCGCACGCACGCUGGUGAAGCUCAACAACAAGAACUUUGUGUCUCCCAGCAAAACACUCAAGGCGGCGGCGGUGGCCAUGGCAGCGGCGGCCGCCUCGGCCGAGGGAUCUGGUGGGGCGACUCAGCAGCAGCAGCAGCAGCAGCAGCAGCAGCAGCAGCAGCAGCAGCAGCAGCAGCAGCAGCAGCAGCAGCCGCAGGCGGAGAAAAGGAGGCAGAAGCCAAAGCAGCAGCAGCAGGAGCAGCAGCAGCAGCAGCAGCAGCUGCAGGAGCAGCAGCAGCAGCAGCAGACUCUAGGGCGGUUGCGGUGUUCCAGUUGUUCAAUCGAGGUGGAGGGGCAGCAGGCCGCUGCGCAGCACGCACAGGCCACAGGGCACAGCCAAUUUGCACAGGUGUAA